AUGUCAGUUGUACAAAGGAAGUGUGGAAAAUGUGAAAAAACUGUGUAUCCAGCCGAAGAAAUCAAGUGUCUUGAUAAAUUUUGGCAUAAAGGAUGUUUAAAAUGUACAGUAUGUGGGAUGACCCUUAAUGUGAAAAAUGUUAAAGGAUAUGAUAAAAUGCCUUAUUGUAAUGUACAUUAUCCUCAACCUAAACCAACUGUUGUCGUUGAUAAUCCCGAAAUGCAACGCAUUCGUGCACUGACAGACAUUCAAAGCAAUGCGAAAUAUCAUGAAGAUUUCAAUAAGAGUAAAGGAAAAUUUACAGCCAUAGCAGAUAAUCCCGAACUAACACGAGCGAAAGAACAUCAACGGAUUGUUAGUCAAGCGGAAUACACAGGCAAACGAAAAGAUAGCACAUCGCAAAUACUCGCACCAGAUCAACCACAACAAUCGCAUACGAUCAAUAUGAAUACUCGAACUUAUAAUCAAUCUGAACCAGCAGUAGGGCGUGUGGCCGAUUAUGAUCCGAUAAACGAUGAUCGUGGUUCAUUGGCACGCGGUUACGAACCAACUUCAAAAGCAAUGCAUGCAGCUAAAUAUGAAAACAAUCAUCGAGAUGUUCUUCAUAUGAAUACUAAAUCUGACAACGAAUCAAAUGGAAAUAAAAAUUCUUAUAAUCAAUACGAACAUGAACAGCAAAUUCCAACGAACAACAGCAACAACAACAAUAAUAAUAAUAAUCAAUUUUCACACGGUGAUGGACGAUCAGCACAAACGAAAGUUCGUGCACUUUAUUCUUACACAGCAGCCGAAUCGGAUGAAAUCAGCUUCAAUGAAGGUGAUACACUUAUUGAAUGUGAACAAAUUGAUGAUGGUUGGAUGUUGGGUCGAAAUCCCAAGACAGGUCAACAAGGUUUGCUCCCAUCAAACUAUGUGGAAAUUAUUCAAUGA